AGAUUCCAAACCCCAAAACUGAUGUGAAAGAAAGUUCUUCCCCGUAGGCUCUCUGAUCUAAGCUCAUUUUCAGAAACCCAUUUUCCCAAACUUUCUUCCCUCUCAAAAUACCAUCGUGGGUCGCCGGUUAGUUGACUCAUAUCAUCAUGGAUGUUGACUUCUGGGCUUCAAGGGUUCACUCUGCUAAACACUUUUCUGCUGUUCAUGCUGCUCGCCUUCACUCUGAUCGGAGUUUAGCCUUGGAUGCAACCGAGGAAGAUGAAGAUGUAAGGCCUUGUUUCCCAUGCCCUUUCUGCUAUCUGGAUAUUGAAGUUACUUCACUCUGCAUCCACUUGCAGGAAGAACAUUGCUUUGACUUGAAAAAUGCAGUUUGUCCUCUAUGUGCAGCAAAUCUUGGGAGAGAUGUAAUUGGACAUUUUGUUGUACAACAUGCAAGCUCCUUGAAGCAUAGAAGAAAACCUCAUAAAUCUGGCUUUUGGACCGGUAGUACAGCAAUGCUCGGAAAGGAGCUGUCUAAACGGGGAAGGGAAGACUCGUAUGAAUCUGCUCCUGAUCCAUUGCUUUCGCCAUUUAUUUGCAGCCUAUCAUUUUCAGAGCUUAAACUUACCCACCAAGAUGAAUGUAAAAGCACUGAUGCUCCGGUGACUACUGACGAGAAAAGCACCGAGCCAUCAUAUUGUGAAAAAGAUAAUGAAGAAAGGAGGCAAAGAGCAGCAUUUGUGCAACAGUUGAUAGAGUCAACCAUCUUCUUGGAUCAUUAAAUUUCACAAUGCAGAAGGUUGCUUCAAUCAUCAGCCGCAGAUUAGUAUCAACGAUGGAUGUGCAGGGAUUUAGAGAAGAGUCACCAUAGAUUUCAUGCUAGGUACUUUAGAUGAGUUGUCUCUGAAUGGCGAAUAAUGUCUUACAGUAAGGGUAAUUUGUAUUUAUCGAUAUAAAUAUAUGUAUCAAUGUAUGUAUGUAAAUCUACAACUAUUUAGUAGCCUGUAGGCUAUAAUCACCAGAAUGAAAGUUCACCUAUUUGAAGGUUA